AUGAAACAAUCCAUUGCAAGCCUCGCCUUGAGCGUUGGCGGCUCAAUUGCCUCUUCCCUUCCCGUCCAACUCGAGACUCGAGAGCCGCUCACAUCUCAUCUUGCCAAUAUCCAUGUGAGAUUCAACAAACCUACUCAAGGUUCCUUGUCCUUCACUUAUGGCCCUUGUGAUGCUGAGUCCAUCUCCGAAGCUCACCACACCAUCGCCGAGACUGACAGCAAGAGUGUUUCUCGGUUGGCAUGGGUCAUUCCUACCAACACAAACGACAAUGGAUGCAUAUCAGCUUGGACAAAGGAUGGAUCUCUGGUAGGACGAAGUGAGUCACAGAAACUCCACCGUGUAAAACGAAGAGCGCCUCAGAAGCGAGACAAAGACUCGAUUCAUAUGACAGAAGAGAAUGGCUUUGACAUUCUUGGUCCUUGGUUCGAUGGUGUCGCUCACCUGACCAAGACUGGCACCUCCUUCGUCGACGAAGAAGCUGCAAAGUCGAAGGAAAUUGCCAUUGUCGGUGCAGGAAUGUCUGGGUUAAUGACUUAUCUCGUUCUUGCGCAAGCUGGCAUGGCCAACAUCAGCAUUAUCGAGGCCAGUCAACGUCUCGGCGGUCGAGUGCACACAGAGUAUCUGACAGGUGGUCCCUUUGACUACUCUUACCAAGAGAUGGGUCCCAUGCGCUUUCCCUCAACCUACAAGAGCCCCGAGACCAAUGAGACGAUGAAUAUCACCGAUCAUCAGUUAGUGUUUCAACUCGCCGAAGAGAUGAACGGUAUCAACAACCACGAUAAGAAUCUCAGCGUUGACUUCAUUCCUUGGAUCCAAGCGAACCCCAACGGUCUCUCGUACAAGAAUGAGUUCAAGCUUCCCAACGGAAUGCCUCCAACACUCGCCCAGAUUGCCAAAAACGCUUCACUCGGCGCCGCGAGCAACCCUGGACCUGAAGUGGAAGAUCUGCAGGCAAAGUUGGAUUCUUACAUGCCUGGGUCUGACUUCAGUACCCUUAUGGCCAAGAACAUGUUCAAGGCUCAUAAGCAAUGGCUCGAGACUGGAUUGAAUGGUCUUGGAGGCGAUCAAUGGUCCGAGUACGCUUUCAUGGUCAACUACCUCAAAGGCAGCUCUAACAGCACCGAUGUUCUUGGUGACUGGUCUGCUACUUCGUUCUGGGAUACACUCUAUGAGGGCUUGUACUUCUCGGCUGCGAGUUACAAGACAAUUGAUGGAGGUCUCAACAGACUUCCUCUGUCAUUCCACCCGCUUGUUGAUGAUAUUACAACCAUGGGUCGUAAGAUCGAGCGUGUCCGAUACGACGAUGCUAAUGACAAGGUCACCCUCCAAUGGCGAAAGGAGUACAAUGACACAGAAUUCCAGGACUCGACAUUUGACUAUGCCGUCAUCGCGGUUCCCUUCUCUAUUGUCCGACGCUGGCGUCUCCCUCGUCUUCCAGCAACCAUCUCCAACGCCAUCAAGGGUCUCAACUACGGAUCCGCCUGCAAGGUCGCUCUCGAAUUCUCUGAGCGUUUCUGGGAACACUAUGAGAACCCCAUCAUUGGAGGCUGCAGUACUACUAGUGAUAUUCCCGGCAUUGGCUCAAUCUGCUACCCGUCUUACAACAUCAACGGCACCGGUCCUGCUACUAUUCUCGCUAGCUAUCAAAGCGGCGACAUGGGUUAUCGAUUGGCUAGUAUGACCGAGGAGGAGCAUGUCCAGAUGGUCUUUGAUGCAAUGGUUGAUAUCCACGGCGAGUUCAUCAGGGAGCUAUACACCGGCAAGUUUAACAGAAAGUGCUGGGCUUUGGAUCCUCUUCAAUCCGGAAGUUGGGCCAGUCCAACCGCUGGACAACAUCAACUCUACAUCCCCGAGUACUUCAAGACAUACGACAAGAUGAUCUUUGUGGGCGAACACACUUCUUACACUCAUGCUUGGAUUGCCUCUGCGCUGGACUCUGGAAUUCGUGGCGCUGUACAACUUCUGCUAGAACUGGGUCUUAUCGAUGAGGCGAAGCAGGCGGUUGACAAGUGGAUGGCGAGGUGGAUUGAAGUGUAA